CUCUAAGAAGCUGCCCCCAAACACCCGCAUUCUAUCAAAAUUUCUAAAUUAUUAUUAAAUUGCUAAAAUUCAAAUUGAAUAGCAAACAAAAGAGGUGCUAGAAAUCAAAUUGUUUCAUAUGCUGCUGCUGCAACUGCUGCCUGAGUUGAGACUAGGGUUCCGUGGUUGCGGUGCUGCUCGGGCGAUGACGUCACCCAGCGAGUCGAAGCAUGUACACUACAAUCACAAUGACGCUUGUGAGUUGACAAGGUGGAAUGCUAGAGAGUGUUACCAAUUCAUGUAUGCUUCAAGGUCUUGGAACAAAGUUAAUCAUUUCUAUUCCCAAUUGGUAUUGGGUAACAUUUCUUUUUCCGAUAUUUUUGAUAACAAGAUGCACCGUGUUGAUCAUGAGGCUCACCUUCUAGAUGCUUCUGUUCAAACGGAAGAGGUAUCUAGUCCAACUACCAAAAAGACAGGGAGGUGGGCACGGGUAACAUUUAAGAUCGUCUUGUCAUAUAAUGGAGCCUCCUUUGAUGGGUGGCAGAAGCAGCCUGGCCUCAACACGGUUCAAGGGUCUGUUGAAAGAUCACUUGGGAAGUUCAUUGAUGAAAAGAAACAUUUAUUGCUCAAAGACAAGGGUUUACCAAUAGAAGGUUGUGUUGUAGUUGCUGGGCGCACUGACAAAGGGGUGACAGCUUAUCAACAAGUGUGUUCUUUCUUUACUUGGAGGAAGGAUGUUAAAGUUGAAGAUAUUGAAGAAGCAGUAAAUGAUGCAGGGCCCGGAAAGCUUAGGGUCAUAUCUGUUUCUGAGGUAUCACGUGCAUUUCACCCAAAUUUCUCUGCCAAAUGGAGACGCUAUAUUUAUGUCUUUCCAUUAAAUAAUGAGAAGGAAGAAAGUAGUCAGCAUCAGGAUGCGGAUAAUGAUGUAUCUAAAGGUGGAAAUAGAAAUGAUUUUGACGAUGUCCGCAUGGUUGUCGAAGAUUCUGAUGUGCUUGCUGACAAUUACAACACUGAAACUAGAUUUGUUAAGAAACCAAAUAGUUUCUGUGUUAAGAAGGUUGAUCUGCUACUGCGUCAACUGGAAGGAAAGUUAUUAUCAUACAAAAUGUUUGCACGUGAUACGAAAGCCUCGAGAAACAUAGGUCCACCAACAGAAUGUUUUCUCUUCCAUGCUCGAGCAACUGAAACCAAGUUAAAAAGUGAUCCAAAGGAUCAAGAAGGUACAAGUGCAAUGUGUAUUGAGUUGGUUGCUAACCGCUUCUUACGUAAGAUGGUUCGGGUUCUUGUGGCAACGGCAAUAAGAGAGGCAGCUGCGGGUGCAGAGGAUGAUGCCUUGGUAAAACUGAUGGAUGCCACGUGCAGGCGUGCCACUGCCCCACCUGCACCCGCGGAUGGACUCUGCCUUUUUGAUGUUGGGUAUUCUGACUUUAAUCCAAAAGUUUGCCUAAUUUUGUAAUCUUCCUUUCUAUGAGAUGAAAGUGAAUAGGACAUUUUGUAAUGACCUUGAUAUUGGUGAAUUUUUAUUUUUAUUUUCUAAAUGUAUGAUAUGCUUUCUAAUGGCA